AUAUAAUGAUGCAAAAAGUUAUACGAGAACAUAUAUUCCACAUUCAAAGUAUCUAGCAUUGUCAUUGAGAGGCAUGUCAUUCAUACGGCCGAACUUACGGAUGGACAUACGGACGGACGGUUGCACAGACAGACAAAGCUAUAUUGACUCGGCUGUUGCUCCUGAUCAAGAAUAUAUUGACUUUAUGGGGUCCGAGAUGCAUUUCUUUCUGCCUGUUACAUACACUUGCACAAAAUCAGCAUACCCUUUUACAAAUUACAUGCAUACAGACACCAACAGAGAGAGAGAAAGAUUAAAAAGCAGGCGACGCUGACAGCACACACAACAAAUACAAAUACAAAUACAACAACAAACGAAGCGAAUGAAAGGAAACGAACUUUCGACACACGACAAAGGACACCAAAGAACACCAGUUGAGAGGUCAGGAUGAACCUGGGCGCCUUGGCCAGAAGCUUGAGCAAUAGUCUGAGAUUAACAUUGGGCUCCAAGAAACAACUACAGACGCCCAGUGAAAGUUCAUCGACGCCAUCGGUUCGCUUGGCGCCAUCGAGCAGCAUCUGCAGCAGAGAUCCCGCCCAGGAGGAUCGUCUCGCCCAAGCUGUUGCACAGAUCAAUCAACGGCGUCAGCCCUACAAGCAGACGGUGGAGCUCAUCUUGGACAAGGUGAGCGAACUGGAGCACACGCUCUACGAGGAUCAACAGCACGAGUUCCAGUUGCGCAUGGCAGUCGAGCGGCAAACGGAGCGGAUUCACGAGCUCAACUUCUCGUUGGACACGGAGAAGCAGCGUAAUAAUCGACUCGUCCAACUUCUCCGUGGCGUCGACACCGAAUCCAGCAGCGACAGUGAACCGGAAACCCAACUCUUGAACGGGAUGCGACUGCAUUCCAGGGACGAAUUGCAUGGAUCGAUUAGUCCAUUGCUUAUGCAGCAGCGGUACGAAGAACUUAGUGCCUCAAAUCGUCAAACCCAUCGACAACUGGCCAAGAAGGAUAAGGCACUGAAGCUGCUGAAGUGCGACUUGGAAGUGUUGCGUGGCAAAUAUGAUUCCAUGUACGAUGAUUAUCGCAGCGAGCAGCGCCGGCUGGAGACGCUCUGUGGCCGCUAUCUGCAUAUGCAGCAGAAGAAGAAGCAACAGAUCUUCAUUCUCAAAGAGACGCUGGGCUAUGCCAGCGAAUGCCUCUUCCAUGCCCAGGUGACCAUCGAGAAUUGUGCCCGUGGCGCCGACAUCGAUGAGCAUCAUUUGACAACGUUCAAUCAGAAUAUGGAGCUUUUUAUGCGCGCCCUGCGCAAUUGUUGCUGUCUGCGUAAGCUGCGAAAAUUGCAGCAGGAUGCAGACGAGGUGGAUAAGUUGCCGGCGCCAUCUGUGGGUGACAGCUCGAACUGUCGUGACCCGCAAGUGACGGCGCAGAAAAAGCGACGAUUGCGCAAACGUUCAAAGCACUGAAAAUCUUUUAAAAUUGCAUUUUCUUUCUAGUUUCCACUUAAAUGUUUCUCACUAGCAACAAAAAAAUGAGUUUAGUUUACCAACAAAGAGCAAGAAAAUGUCAAAAAUAAGUUAGCAAGGAAAAUAAAUAAAUUCAU